AAAGGCAAAUGCUGUGGAUCUCGGUUUGAUUGGGGACGUUGGUUAUGUUGCUGAACAGGGUGGUAUGGACAGCCACUUUGAUAAACGGCAGUGGAUACCCAUGUUCGAGGGCACAUUGCGACAUAUCCUUGAUCUUUCGAUCGUGCAGCAAACUUCCUCGCCCAUCAAUGCUUCCAGUAGCGCGCAGUUAAUCACUGGUAUUGGGUUCCCUCUGCCCGACGACUCGGACCUGAUCCGCGAGGCGAGAUUCGAGUACCACUUUAGACGAAGUGCUGGAGUCGGAUCGGGGGGCAAGGAUGGCGGAGGCAAGGGAGACUGAGCUGGAGCCGGCUAAGUCGUUGAUGGCAUAUGGACUGGAUUCCCUGGCGGCAGUGGAGCUGAGGAAUUGGGUGAGCUCGGAGCUAGAGGCGGAUCUCACCACGCUGGAUAUUACCAACGCCAGUUCCCUGGUUUCACUUUGUGAGAAACUG